CCCGGUUGAAAUUGUUGGGAGCAAAUCCACCGAUGUUUCUAGAUGUAAUCCGUAGUCGUCAGAACUGUGAUACGUACGCACGGCCUGCAAUACAGUCGGAUCCGGAUCCUCGGUCUGUGCUAAACCCGGAGCGGGGAGCGGGGAGCCGGAGCUCGGGAGCGCGGCGCCGGUCACUUCCGCUCCCCCUCACCGCGCAACCCGGCCACAGCCCCGCUCUGGGGUGCAGGAUGUUGCACUCGGUCUGGGCCUUCGUCAAGCGGCACCGCGUAAAAGUCCUGUACACAGGAGCUUUGGUGGGAGGAGUGUACCUAUUGGGGAAAUAUGCACAGAAAAAGAUCCGGGAUCUUCAAGAACGAGAAGCAGCUGAGUACAUUGCACAGGCAAGGCGUCAGUACCAUUUUGAGAGUAACCAGCGAACCUGCAACAUGACAGUGCUCUCAAUGCUGCCGAAUUUGAGAGAAGCAAUCAUGCAACAGCUUAAUUCAGAAAGUCUCACAAGUCUGCUAAAAAACAGACCCGCUAACAAGUUGGAGAUCUGGGAGGAUCUCAGGAUAAUAAGUUUCAGUCGGAGCAUCGUAGCUGUGUACAGUACUUGCAUGCUGGUUGUCCUCUUAAGAGUCCAACUGAAUAUAAUUGGAGGGUACAUCUACCUGGACAACGCAGCGGUUGGCAAGAAUGGCACGACACCAUUAGCACCUCCUGACGUGCAGCAACAGUACCUGUCCAGUAUAGAGCACCUACUUGGAGAUGGUUUGAAUGAACUUAUAACAGUGGUGAAGAAAGCUGUACAGAAUGUGAUUGGAAGUUUGUCACUGAAACAGAGUGUGUCGCUGCAAGAGCUGGAGAAAUAUCUGGGUGAGAUCCGGGAACAGGUGGAGCAUCCCUGCAACUCCAGUGAGUCCGUGAUAAUCGCGAACAAAUCCCCAUUGUGUUGGUAUUUAAUUCCCGAUGAGGAAGCCACCUUGACCUCCCAGGCUUCUGGUUUGACAGAAAAAGAUUUAACCACCCUCAGAAUUCUUAAUGAAACCAGAGAUAUGCUGGAAAGCACAGACUUCAGCACAGUUCUAAAUUCCUGUUUGAAUCGAGGAUUUAGCCGAUUGCUGGAUAAUAUGGCAGAGUUUUUCAAGCCUACGGAAGAGGCGAUGACUCAAAAUGGAAAGAUCAACAGCUUAUCCAAUGCUAAACUUCCCCUCGCAAAGAUCAUCCCCAUUAUUAAUGGGCAGAUACAUUCGACCUGCAGCGAGACUCCUAGCCAUUUUGUUCAGGAUCUGCUGCUGAUGGACCAGGUAAAGGACUUUGCUGCCAACAUCUACGAAGCAUUCAGCUCCCCCCAGCAGCUGGCAAUGCGAAUCCAGUGAGCAAGUGAGGGGCAAUUGAACCCAACUUCAACUCUUGCCUGUCACGGCACAAAUUGUUUGCAGCUCAGAUCCUCUCCGUACAGCAGAGGCGUGUGCCUUUCAUCAACAUACUGUCUCUAAUGGCUGUUUGCCAUUGUCUUUUACUGAAUCUUACUGGAAACAAUUGCAUUAAUAUACCUGUAAAUAUUUUGUACCAACCUGUUAUUUGUAUCGGUGUACUGUACAUUAUAAGCUGUAUAGAUUGGAUCUGGGAUUGUGGGGUUAUGUAUUUUUACUGCAGUAUGUGUGUGUGAGCAUAUAUGUUUCAAUCUAGAUUGGAAUAUACUGCUGGGUGGCACCCCUUUGCUCUUAUCAUUUUGGUUUCUUAAUUUUAGAAAAUACUUGUUCUAAAUUUAUUGUACAGCAUUAAAGCACUAAGGACAUUUUUAAUCUCAA